GGACGUGCGUGUUGACAUAUAUUUGUGUGCAGUCUAUAUCUUAUCCUCUCUUUAGUAAAUAUAUGGCUAUAUUCCAUCUAUACCGCGAGUUCAGCCUAUCCAUCCUGAUCUAGUCUACUAGCUGCUCCUAUUAAGUUCCUCACAUAGCAUUCAUGGCUGUAUCAGAGGAGGGAGCCUUGCUGCAGUUUGUGCCAUUCUCGUCUGCCCUUGAUGGCAGCUUCUGGCAUGCCCUCACCAAGAAUAAACUCGAGGUAUACAGGCUAGAUGAGGCACCGAGGUCUGUACACGGAUUCUACAGCAAUGGUUAUGCGGAGGGUUUGCCAAGUUCCAUGAACCUAGAUAUGACUGCAUUUGAUGAUGAUGCUGUCAUCCCUGCUCUGUGCUUUCCAUCUCGCGGAACGCUCAUCCCGUUCAACACCCUUGAUGCAUUUAAAACCAGUGAUAAGAAGCAGCUGCUGCAGCAGGAAGCAAAGAAGAUGUGGAACGAUAUUCAGUCCGGUGCAGCAUUGAGACAACCUGAUCUCCUAUCAAGGUUUCUUCUACUCUGCUUUGCUGAUUUGAAGAAGUAUCAUUACUACUACUGGUUUGCCUUUCCUGCAUUGUCGUUGCCAGAAAAGUGCAAUGUUCUGGAGACUAAAACCCUGAAGCAGUAUUACGGCUCCGAGAAGAUUUUACAAUUGCAACAGGCUCAUGACACGUUCUGUAAGGAUAAAGUCCCUCCUGCCUUUGUGAUCCUGGAGAAAUCCUCCACCAUUUCAUUCCACGCACUCAGUGAGUUUGAGAAGCUGCAAAAUGAUCAAGAGGCCAGUGUGAUGCUUGGAUUCAGCGAUCCAUCUACGAUGGAAGCGUACGCAGGCUGGCCCCUACGUAACCUACUAGCUCUUGUCACCGUGAUAUGGGCAGGACUGAGCGAGUUGACAGUGCUAUGCUAUAGAAACCGAGUGAAAGAUGGAAGGAGGGAAUGUUCUCACAGCUUGGUUCUGCGCGUGAGAUUGUCCCAGUCUGACCCUCCCACGGUGUUUCAUGUGACUACAGCUUGUCCCAGAGCCGUCGGAUGGGAGAAGAAUGAAGCGCAGAGGCUUGUGCCCAGAAUGGUCGACCUCAGCUCAUCUAUGGAUCCUAGCAGGCUAGCUGAGUCGGCCAUCGAUCUCAACCUGAAGCUGAUGCGAUGGCGUCUGUUGCCCUCUCUCGAUCUGGAGCAGAUAUCGAACACGAGGUGUCUGCUGCUCGGUGCCGGCACCCUGGGAUGCAACGUCGCUCGCAGCCUCCUGAAUUCGGAGGGGAUCUCUAUGACAAUACCUAUGCCCGGCCACCCCGUGUCUGGUGAUGCGGAGGGACAGGUGAGGGAAGACGUGCGACGACUGGAGGAGCUGGUAGAGCGUCACGACGUCGUCUUCUUGCUGCUGGACACGAGGGAGGGCCGCUGGUUGCCUACACUCCUCGCUGCGAGCAUGCACAAGAUCGUCAUCAACGCGGCCCUGGGUUUCGACACGUUCAUGGUCAUGCGUCACGGCCUCAAGUCGGACCCGUCCUCCCCGGUUGCCAUGGAAACGGAGCCGAUGAUGAGGAUGGGAGAGGGCAUCCACGGCAGCCGGCUCGGAUGCUACUUCUGCAACGAUGUGGUCGCCCCGGGAGACUCUACGAGGGACCGCACGCUGGACCAGCAGUGCACCGUGUCGCGGCCAGGAAUGUCCAUGCUCGUGAGCGCCCUCGCUGUCGAGCUUCUCAUCUCCCUGCUGCAGCAUCCCGACAGUCUGUACUUUGAUUCCAGUCUUUCGCAAGCCUGGGUGAAAAUCAAAUUGUCGCUCACACAUGAUGCUCGCUUUGAUGAUGAACUUGAGGGCUGUCAGGGAUCCUAG